AUGCCUCCGUUUCGCCUACCCUUCACAUCCCGGAAAGGGCCCAUAGUCAACGGUGCCGAGGUCAACGACGAGAAUGCACGUCCGGCGUCUCACGAUGCGCAAAGCACAAACAGCCCAUACUCGAGCAAGCCAUCACUGGCAUUAGGUGUGAAGGAAAAGAAGGCAGAGCCCAAUGAGUUCAAACUAAGCUCUGUCGACGUUAACGGCCAAUACCUACCUCCGUCGCCAACAGAGAAGCCCUCAUUCUGGAGCAAAUCCCCUUCGACUACCUCCAAUCACCGGAGUCUGAUUGGCGACAACGAGCCUUUCUCCAUAUCGCGCGAGUCUUUUGAUUCUUACAGACGGUCCUUCGACAUUUCCGGGCGGUCUCCAAUCAUGCAUGCCGACAGCUACACCUCGCGAACGUCUCUCGACUCCCGAACCUUCCACUUGUCGCGACCUGCAUUGAAUGGCCAGACCUUCGAUAAGCCGGAACCCGUACGGGAUGAAGAUUUCGAUGAUGUCAAGCUUAAUGACGAGGCCGCAAAGGCUCAGCCAAAGAAGAAGAGCUUUCUGUCCCGAUUCAGUGAGACCAGCAAUGAUGCCGUUGCAGAAAGCAAGGACGGUAAACAUCAUUUCCACUUCCCCGGUCGAAGACGAGGUCAGAGUGGCUCUGGCAGUGAGCUGGGAGAAGUAAAGAGACCAGGCAGUCAGGGCCAACCCAAGCCGGAGGUCGCUGUGAGCUAA